AUGUAUAGCUUUCGAUUUAUCUUAUUAUUUGUGAUGAUGAUAAUAGCGAUCAGUUCAAUUUUAUAUUCUAAAACAUGGAUCUCAUUUAUUCCCUUGCCAAUACCGCCAACAUUGAUGUUACUAGCUGCAGUAUACAUUUUUCAUGAAUUGAGUUGGAAACGACGAUUUCUUCCACCGGGUCCAACUCCAUGGCUCUUUUUUGGCAAUAUUCUUCAUUUCAUAUUUUAUGAAUCCAUAGAUGAUAUGUUUCUUACAUGGAAGCAGAAAUACGGUAACCUGGUCACAUUUUGGAUCGGACCGAUACCUUUGGUAAUGGUUACUGAUGUGGAAACAAUGCGCGAAUACUUUGUACGUAAUAGCGAGGUGUUUAGUAAUCGGUGGCGUAAUUAUGCAACUGACUUCUUCAUGGGUGGUGCUAAUGGUAUAAUUCAAAUUGACGGUGAUAAGUGGAAGCAACAGCGACGCUUUGUACUUCGAGUAUUACGAGAUUUCGGAGUUGGUAGGAUACUAAUAGAGCAGCAAAUCAUGAAUGAAGUUGAGAGCUUCAUCGAUUAUCUGGAAGCGAAAUGCACUGGGCAAGAGAUGGACAUAUGCGCCAUGCAUGCCGUUUGUGUGGGCAAUAUUAUCAAUAACAUAUUAUUUGGUUAUCGUUUUCCACAGGGAAGUGCGGAAUUCAGUUUUUUGCAUUCGUUACUAGACUCCCAGUCUCGACUGGUAAUGCAUCCGCUGAUGGGACUGUAUAUAACAUUACCGUUAACUACAAGGAUACCAUUCAUAAAUUAUAAAUGGAAACAAUUCAAGGAUCUUCGAAAUAAGCUAUGGAAAUUCAUUUCCAGAGAAGUACAGGUACACAUGAAAGCAUUCAACUGCGAAGAAUCUCCAGAAAUCAUAGAUUUCACGUAUGCAUAUCUCUCAGAAAUAAAUCGCAGAAAAAGAUCCGGUGAGCCGAGUGAAUAUUUUAGUGAAUGGCAAUUAACGAUGCUAUUAUUGGAUUUAUUUUAUGCUGGGAUGGAAACAACAGUGACAACAUUAAAGUGGGGAUUCCUUCUUUCAAUGAUUCAUCCUGAUGUGCAAACAAAAGUUCAAAAUGAAUUAGAUGAAAUUGGGAGCAGGAUUACUCUUGCUGACAAAUCAAAAUGUUCAUAUACAAUGGCUACCAUUCAUGAGAUCCAACGUUUCGCUAAUAUUUUGCCCAUCAAUUUAUUGCGAACCGUGGCGGAAGAUGUUGUUAUGGGAAAAUAUUACUAUCCGGCUGGAACACUUUGUAUCCCACAAAUUUCCAUAGCGAUGAAUGAUCCCACAAAUUUUGAGAAACCCAGGGAGUUCCGUCCGGAGCGUUUUCUAGAAGAUGAUGGAUUCACUCUUAAGAAAUAUGAUGCAUUUUUCCCAUUUUCCAUUGGUAAACGACAAUGCUUGGGUGAAUCAUUGGCGAAAGCUGAACUAUUCCUUAUUUAUGCUAAUCUAAUAAGACAUUUUCGUUUUCGGACCGUGCCGAACAGACCGAAUCCCUCAACAAAACGACUCUUCGGUCUGACAACUUCACCACCUCCAUACAAAUGUGUUGUGGAGAAAAGAAUAGUUUAG